GUCAUCCGCCCCGCGCCGCCGCCGCCGCCGCUGCCCCACCCAGAUCCCCGGCCUCCGGAUUCGUUCCGCCGCUUCGCCGACACUCGCCCACCGCCGAGGUCGCCAAAAUGUCGGCAGGCGCGCCCGGCGGCUCGAGCGCCGCCUCUGGCAGUAACCGAAGACUCCAGCAGACCCAGAAUCAAGUGGAUGAGGUGGUGGACAUCAUGAGGGUCAACGUGGACAAGGUGCUGGAGAGAGACCAGAAGCUCUCGGAGCUGGACGACCGCGCAGACGCGCUGCAGGCGGGAGCUUCCCAGUUCGAGACGAGCGCCGCCAAGUUGAAGAGGAAAUACUGGUGGAAGAACUGCAAGAUGUGGGCCAUCGGCAUUAGCAUCGUGGUCAUCAUCAUCAUCAUCAUCAUCGUGUUGAGUGUUUCUCCGUGAAGAACCAGUGAAGCUCCAGCCUUCUGUUCCAGAAACCUCUUCAGGACUUUUGACUUAGAACCUGCUUUAUCAUCAGGCUUAUGUACUGUAAUAUCUAAAAUGUUUAUUUUCUGUUAAUGUAAAGUUUGAUUUUUAGAAAACGUGCCUUUAAAAAAAAAUAACUCCCACCUAGAAGUGCACUGAGUCCAGCCCACGUUUUGCACAGUGCCUUUACAGAUUUGCAUGUGGGCUGACGACAAGGACUCCGUAAACCCCCGAGUGUUAGAACCUAGAAGUAACAUUGUCUGAUUAAUUGCCAUUAAUUCCGGCCAGGGGAAUUUUUGCUAAGUGAGCUGCCCUCGUCAUACGACUUUAUCUCAGAACCACAUUUGAGCCCUUUGGGUAAUCAGAUCUUCAGUUUGUGCCUUCCAGAGAAAACACUACUGUCCGACUCGAGUCUGUGACUGUGACAGGCUGUGCCUUACUCCGCUCCCGUCCCGCUUCCCCGUGAGCGCCCCCUGCUGUAUAUGAGCACUACUGACUCUUUUGCUGUAUUUAAAAUAAGAUGCUGGUAAAGAAUUUUUGCUCUUACAUUAGAUACAAAGAUGUUUACUUCCUUGUUACUGUUUUGUAUCAUUUGCUAAAAAUAUUUUAAUCAGAAAUAACCUCUUUAAACAUUUUUAUAGGACUAUGGCUAUGACCAAAGUUUCUAUUUUGCCAAAAAGUUAAAUCCCAGUAAAAUGCCCUUAAGUCUGUUCCUGACCUGACAGCUAAAUCUGAAAAGCGACGGGUGGAACUCAAGGUGCCCUUGAGAAUUAACGUUGCAACAUUAUUUGUGGAGCUUCUGCAUCCUGACAGGCCUCUCUUGCCUGUGAAACACCGUAUGCAGUGCAGCUCCUCUCCCUGGGCAGCAUUUGCCCGGGUUUAGAGAAGGCUCAGGCUAGACUGCCCGGCUCAUGCCUCGAGACAGAUUGCGGGACAAACGCCAGCUGUGGCCUCCAGCAUGUUCCUAAGAAUUACGUGAGCAACAACUUUGUAGUCUUCGAGCAAGGCAGCUGUGUACUGGUCAUUACUUGGCCCAGUCCUCAUGGACUAUAGCUUUUUGGAGUUUGUUUCUAUUUUCAUUCGUAUUCCACUUCCUAAAUCUGUCUUCUAAAUUAUGCUUUCAAUUAGCAUUGGUCGGGGCGGCUGACUUUCCACAGAAACAGCUGACCGGAGACCUUCUCCGACGCACUGGGCUGUUGCACAAGACGCUGCUUUGCAAAUAGCUGUUUCCAUCUGAGAGACUCCUGUGGAGACUUCCGACGUCAGGCUGUGUGGCCUAAGGGCAGGAAUUAGUGAGAACGACACGGGCAAGGGGGCACUGGGGGGGGGGGGGGAACGCAGAGGUUCACCACUCCGUGGCCCAUUGUACUGGAACAGUCUAAAGUUGUUUUUCACGUGCUAGUGUGUGACUUACGAAGCAACAGUGGUUGAGGCACACCAGGACACGGGUUCCGAUUCUUUGGUAUCUGUUCCCCUGUCAGCACUGAAACGACGUAAUGGUGAAAACACGCCCCCCUGGGAGGGGAAAGCAGCUGUCAGUGUCGGGGCGGCAGCCCCACCUUGGCUUGGGGUCUCUGGCGGGGUGUGACGCUGGAACUCUGGUGCUCUCUCCUUGGCCUUGAUGCUCAGUCCCAGGUAACCCACAGCUCCCGCAUUAACCCAGGAAUACCUCGCUUGUAUCUGUGCACCUAGCUGGGAACUUGCCCACUGUAAUGAACUGAAUAAAGCGUUUAUAAACCUCA